AUGCGUAUAAAUAUCAGAAAUCUACAAUUUGGAAGAAAGACUUUGCUGGUUGGAAUACUCAUAAUUUCUAUCAUCUGGGGUGCUAACGCGGGUUGUAAUCUGCUCAUGUGCACCAAAUCUGAUGAUACCGUGGCAGUCGCAGCUGCUAAAGAUCCGGAGGAAUUAAAAAAAGCACAAACUUUUAUCGUCACCCAAUGCCCUGGAGUAACCAGUGUUACUAACUGUGAAGUGGAUUGCAAUGGACCGUAUCAUCCAGGUGCAACACAAGCAUAUUUUAUCUGGAGGAAUUGCCAAGAUAAUUUCGCUGAUUCUUUUAAUGAUUAUAUAUGUCCUCAUAAUGUUCUGAAAAUAUGUAAAUUAGGUUAUGAUCCAGAUUACCCAUUCAACUAA